AAUGAGAGGCAUUUCUUCAGCUGCUCUCACGAGGAGGAAGAAGAGGUGGGAGGGGAAGUUACUACGUAGUAGCGACCCAGGCAGUCAGUGAACCAAGUUUCCAGCGACUCUGCCAUCACGGACUGAAACUCUCUCGAAAUGAACCCAUUUGGCGGAGGCGGGCGGGAUUGGUGCGGUAGAAGGCCGUGAUCGUGGGCUUUUCUGGGUGGGUGGGUGGGGGGUUCGGUCCAGCCCGGUGCUCCGGAGAAGCUGAAUAUGGGUCAGACAGCCGUGUCUGCCGUGUCUCAGCCUGCGAGCGUUGAUGGGUUGGAGAAAUCAUCAUCACUGGCCAGCUGUGACGUGGUGGUGGACAGCGCCACCAAUACCCAGAAUUCCCAUGCAUCACGGCAGCAGCGAGGCAAGCUGUCAUCGCUGGGAAAACUUUUCAAACCCUGGAAGUGGAGGAAGAAGAAGACCAGCGACAGGUUCCAGGAUCUUUCCAAAGUUCUGGAGAGAAAAAUCUCCACCAGACAAACGAGGGAGGAGCUCAUCAAGAAAGGAGUUCUCAUCCCUGACCAAGAUGAAACUAUCAGCAGUGAAAACCUGAAUGGCCAUGCCACGUCCAGUGUGACAUCCGAGGAGGUCAAAGUUCACAUUGAGUCUCCAGAAGCACCACUGGAAGAACAGGAACAGGCCCCCGAACCCCUCAGCACAGGGGACAAAACCGAGAGUUGUGAUACUAAACCUCUUGCUCGGGCAAACCAGGCGCGACCUCGAGACACUCAAGCUAAAAAGCAGCCAAGUGCCACUCUGCCUGCCUCUUCCAAACCCGCAGGUGGCACUGCAGCCAUAACCAAGCACAGAGAUGGUGCCACGGGGACUAAAAAGACCACUAAAACCACAGGCAAGACAGGGUCAUCCAGUCAAGCUAAAGCUAACCCUCGGACCACUAACAACACUAGUCGCGGGACUGCUAAAUCCUCCCAUCCAAAGAAGACAGGGUGCACAACAAAAACCGCUCCUGCCUCCACCUCCAACCUUCGUCCUCGUGCGUCUAAGGACGCCGGUGGUGCUGCACAGAAUGGGGGCGCAGAUGCAGGGACCAGCCGGAAAUCAGAGACUUCCGCAUCUUCCUCUGUACCUCAGAAGACCUCUUCAGAGACUCCUGACAAGCCCGGGGAGUUAAAGUCCUCAUCCCUUUCCUCAGACACCAAGUGUCCCUCAUCUAAUGAGUCGGAGGGAGCUGAGGCUCCUUCUCAACCUGGUCUAGAGCCUAAAUCUGCUCUCAAGGCCUCUGCUGCAGGCGAGGAGACCCACAAAGGUAUGUCCACUGUCCAGUCUCCCCAUGUCAACACCUCUACAGAGGACACUUCCUUCACAGAGGGAAAGAUGGACAGCAGCUCAAAGGGAGCGACACAGAAGCCAACAGGUGGCGAGGGAAGUGAAGAAGAAAAGAAGAAAGGAGAGCCAGAGUCUGUUGUGGAGAACAGCUCGAGGUCAGCAGAGUGCCAGCCCGAAAAACCACAAGGCCUCAGCGUGAACACGGAGCAGGCUGAGGUGACGGUGAUCCCCGAUAGGCCGAGAGACAGCCAAAUGAGUGACUCUGAUUCUGACGGACCUAUCCUGUACCGCGACGAGGAGGAAGAGGAGGAGGACGACGAAGACGAGUACACAGGCAGCUCUUUGGCCAGUAAGAUCCGCCGACGAGACACCCUGAACAUCAAACUGAGGAACCGACCCAGCAAGAAAGAGCUGGAAGAGAAAAACAUUCUGCCACGGAGCUCCGAGACAGAAAGACACGAGCUCCGACAGCAGAUAGGCUGCAAACUAGUCAGGCGCCUGAGCCAAAGACCCACCACAGAGGAGCUGGAGCAAAGGAACAUCCUCAAGCAGAAGAAUGAAGCAGAGGAGCAAGAAGCCAAGCAGGAGAUUAAAAGGAGACUCUCCAGAAAGCUGAGUGUGAGGCCUACAGUGGCGGAGCUUGUCGCUCGCAGGAUCCUACGUUUUAACGAAUAUGUGGAGGUAACGGAUGCCAAGGAUUAUGACCGGCGGGCAGACAAACCCUGGACUCGGCUUACUCCCGCUGACAAGGCUGCUAUCCGUAAGGAGCUGAAUGAGUUUAAGAGCCGAGAGAUGGAGGUUCAUGAAGACAGCAAACAGUUCACCAGAUUCCAUCGGCCUUGAGUGCUCUCAUGGCCAGCUGGACGUCAGCAACACAAGCUCUCAAGUCUACAGCUUCCAGCAGUCCUCCACACACUCAGUGUGCAGCUCAGUCCACUUUGCUUUGCGAUCCUCUUGCACCUGAUGAUAUUCUGUCUUCAGUGACAGCUACAGGUGUGCUUAAGGCCUUGGCCCAUCAAUGGAUACCAGUGACACAUUUACGCAUAUCUGUAAUCAGUGUGUAGAGCUCUGAUUAGAGCCAUUUAUUUAUUGUAGAUGGCCUCGCUCUGUUGUGUUUUUGGGUUGGGGUUUUUUUUGUUCUCUUCAGACCUUGUAAUGAGAGGUUCCAGGAAGAAAACCUGGGUACAAUUACCCUGACUCAGUUGUACUAAAGAGUUUGUGUACUUGCCAAGCUAUGCCUUGUCAUAAACUGCCCAACAGGACACAUAUGGACAUCCUCCUCAAACAGGAAAUGGGAGUGAUUGGAUGUUUGUGUGCUGAUGUGUGUCAGAGAUCAGAAGGGAGGAGAUUUAGUUUGUUCUGCUUCGAUGUGCCUCGUGGAGGUGAAUCGGAAAUACUUUUUAGACAUAUUUAAACUAGUUGCCACUAGAGGGCAUUGUAUCAUAAGAGUUACUGAACCUUAAGAUGAAAACUUAUAUGUAAGUGAAGAACCUGUAAGUGUUAUAUUUAUAACUGCUGAAGCUGAGGGUUUGGUGGACAUUUGAGUCUCUGAUAGUGAAGUGCAAUGGAAAUCACUCAAAUUCAAGCCAAUUUUAAUCUCGCAGCACUCUUGAUACAUGAUGAUCACCCACCAUCAUUUAUCCUGUGUUGAGUUAUUAGGUGCAAACCUCUGAUCAUAAAGUGCUGGACUUGCUGUUUGGAUAACUUUGAGGUCACUUUUCAUUAUAGACUUUUGGCUGGAGCUCUUACUCUGAGUCACGUGGUGCAAGAGCUAGUCAAUCAAUUGAGUAGUCAAUCAACAAAAAAUUAAUCUGGAACUAUUUUUGUAAUUGAUAAAUCAUUUCAGGUAUUGUUUAAAUGAAAAUGCCCCAAAUUUGCUGUUCAAGUAGUGAUUUGAUUCUGUGUUUGGCAUGUAUGAUAUUAAAAUGAAUUCCAUUGGGAUUCGGACUGUUUGGUCGGAUAAAACAAGCAGGAUUUGAAGAGGGAGGAUGUGGAAAAUUGUAAUGGCAUGUUCCACCAUUUUCUGACAUUUUAGAGAUGAAAUGAUUAAUCAAAUAAUUGAACAAGUCCGCAGAUACAUUGACAGUCAAAAUAGUCAUUGGGUGCUGUGCUAAAAUGCACUUUAUCUCUGAGUGUUAUAUGAGAAGGUUUGUAUCAGGUUAAUUUCCGUAUGCUAAAUAUGAAGGUACAGCCAGCAGGGGAUUAGCUUAGCUUAGCAUAAAGACAGGGGGCAGGGGGAAGCAGUUAAGUUGGUUCUAGACAUUUUAGUUUUUGUACACAUAAAGAAAAAUGAGAUUAGCUGCCACUAGGUUUUUAUUUUGUUUUUUUGUUGUUGUUCUUGUAAUUGUUAAACAGAGCCAGGCUAGCUGUUUCCUUUUACUUCCAUUCUUUUUGCUAAGCUAAGCUAAUUGCACGUUAGUUGUAGCUUCAUAUUUAGUGCACAGGCAUGAGUGUGGUAUCAAUCUUCUUAUCUAACUCCUGGCAAAAUAGUGAAGUAAAGUAUUUCCCAAAAUCUCAAAUUAUUGCUUUAAUAUCACAUUUAAGGAAAAACUAAAGGAUUGAUGUCAUCAUAAUCCAAGUUGACACCUGGAGGCAGUGAAGUAGCAGCCCAUAUUCUGCUGCCCAUUGGGAUUAACUUUGUUUUUUAUGUUCUUUUGGAAAGAUAUUAAAUACAAAUGGGCAAAACAGAUGGCUGCUGAGGCAUCCCCUUUUGUUUAAAUGUACAGAUACACAGAAAAUAGUGUAUGUGUAGAUUUAUGUAUGCUAGCAACAUUGCUGAGGUGGUUUGGUCUUUUGGAUCACUAGUCAGCUUUGCUUUUAUAGAUAUUCUCGAUCUAAACGCUCAGCAAAGAUUAAAAAAAACAAAAUGCUCAAGAUGCAUGUGUGUUUCAGGACCAAUAAGAAGCUGUGACUAAGACAAACAAAACACAAGGCCCCUUGCUCAGCGCAGCGGAUAUAAAAAUUCAGCUAAAACAUUAGCGAUGUUUUUUCCUUCCCAGCAUAUUUGGACUAUAACAGGAGUUGUUGGCUAAAAGGCGAUUGACAGAUUGAGCUUGCUGACGUCCGAAGGCUUGUCUUCUCAGAAUAGAUCUCCAACAUUUACGACACUCGUCACUCUUUCAAAGGGAUUGAAAAGAUUGAAAAGGACAGAUGUAUUCUUUCAGUUUCUGAACUGUGUGGAGGUGGCAACAUGAAGUGAUGUACAGCGAUGGAAAAGAACCAACAGUAUUCAAUGAUGUCAAUGUGUAUGUUGUUAUAUAUUGAUUAUUUUGUACAGAAUGUAUAUCGAGCAUGUGCAUACAUUGAAAUGAGUUUUACUACCAGUAUGAUUUACAAUAGACAUUUGAUGUGAAUAUUUUAAGCUCUGAUUUUAGUUGUCUUUUUUUUUUAUUAUCAUCCUCAGACAAAGGUAAUGGAAUUAAUAGUUCAGCACAUAUUCAAGUUCUGUUUCUAGACCAUGAACAAUAGAUACACACAUUUCUGGUUGUUUGCUGUUCUGCUCCACCUUCUCUCAGCAGAUGCAUCGCAGCAGGUAUUUCACGGAUGGCAACUCAGUUUAAAGCAGUUUGUAAUCCUCUCUGGUCCACACUUUUGAUUUAUUUCUCCAGAUGACCGCGGGUCACUCUGCAUAGACUAGGAAAGAACAAAACAGGAUGCAAACUCUAGUAAACCAUGUGUGAAAUUAGCUUCCAUAAAGGUAACCAUGAUGCACACCAACAGCAAAUACGGUAAUGAAAGAUCAGAAAGCUCUUUUACUUUACAUGCACAAAUUAAAAGUAUUACCUUGUCGUACAGCUUUGAUCCAACCAUUGCUGAGUAAACAUGAAUAUGCUGCUUGCAUCUGUUAAAACAAGACAAUAACUGAAGCCAGAUAAAGGAACAAUAUUUAUUUUAACCCAGCCUAUUUAGCAUUUAGAAGCACCAUCUAGUCAUUGAGUAAAUGAGAUCCAAAAAUGUUCUGGGGCCAAAGAAACUCAAUCCUUUUAGUGUUCAAUAAUAUAUUUUUAAACAACUUGAACUCCUUACAUGAAGUAUCCGCAACUGCUGAAUGAACAUGAAUACUUGGUAAUAAAUACUAUAACAUAUUUGUAAUCUUACGUAAUGAUAAUGACACAGGUUUCGAAUACAUUUAUAAAUGAAUUCAAACCUGUCCGUGAAUGAUUUGUACAUGUGUAUAAAUGGUUAAUAAAUGUCGUGUAAGGAUUAGUUAUGAUAGGAAAUGUUAUAUUGAGCAGCCAGUUAUUAAUAACUGUUAAUACACCAGUUGUGGAUGUGUCUUAAAUUGGAGUUAUAAUUGGCAAAGUACAUUAAUAAACACUUAAAAUGCCUUUUUUUUCUUUUUCUUUUCUAUCGUGUCUUAUAAAUCAUUUGUGAAGUGUUUCUAUGCUGCCAAAUGCUUAUAAAUGCUAAACAGAGAGGCUAAAAUAAAAUGCUUGUUUUUUA